GUACAAACCACAUACAAGUUUGUUAAAUGUAGUAUACAGCUGAGACAAUGGGAAGUUAAUCUGGCCGGCCGUAGACGUAAUCGAUGAGGUCAACUCCUAAUUUUCAGAGCAGUUCAAGCAAUUGCUCUCUUUGUCAUCGUCAGUUGUGAAAUCAGUGACUGACUUCUUCUUCGUUGUAUUUGAAAUAAAGUGAGCAUGUGUAUGGAGGUAACACAGGACUAAAGACUUGGAAGACUAUCUUCAGGAUUUGUAUGUGGAUUAAUCGGGAAGUAGAAGGAUAUUUUACAUCAUCCUGUCAAGAAUUAUUAGUCGACCCCACGUCAUUGUCUAUCACCCCGAGGACUGAGAGUUCAUCUAGUUGAUGACUGUACGAGCUCACCAGACCUGGUCUUCUGACGACAUCAGGGACAUCUUUCAUCUUCUGCUGUACUUGUAUGUGGUGGCGAUUACUCAUAGCUUGGUCAUAACACCUUGGUUUCUCUUUAAUAAGAAGUUGGCAUUCCCUCAUGCUGUGUGAUCAACACGUGACUAACCUUCUAUCCAUUCAUGCUGACAGGGGAGUGUAGAUUAAACAGGGAAGCUCGGCAAGGAAUGGUGAACCUCUUCUGCUCAGAACUUGACAUCUUUAUUUGUGACUGAGGAGAAGCAGGAGGGAGUGUGGUACUUUCCCUUUUUUGUUUGGAGUGGGUUUAAUAUUUCACUGUCCUCAACCUCCAAAUAGUUGGACUUCAUAACUGCUACAAAAGGAGGAGAAGUUGAAAAUAUAUGCAUCUUCGAUAGUAUUAAAGAUAAAAGAUACUUUUCAAGAGAUUCGACCAGUGGAACAGUCACCGAAACCUUGAUAAUUAGGAAGGUCUUCACCUUCAGCAACGCACAACUUUGUGACUGAGUGGGAUACAUGUAGAGACAAUUAGCUUUGAAUAUUAAACAUCAAGGAAUCGGUUCAGUCUGCACUGAGGAUGGGCUUUGAAGUGCAUUUUCCUUUGAUUUGAUAGAAAGUGACACUUGACAAGAACUCCACGAUGGAUAUAAGGAUAGCAGUGCAGGAGAAAUUGAACACUGCCGCCGGGGAGCAGUGCAUUGACUAUUUGGAAGGGACGCUUGUUCCUGAUUGGUUACAGGGCAAGCGAUUGCUAGCCCUUGUCCAUUGCCCAACGGCAGCAAGAGGAGUUGGCGAACAAGGACUUCUGAUUUUCACCAGACCCGACAUCAUAAAGCAGAGCAGUGAUAUCAUACUCGUCCGUGCACUCCCAAUCAAGGGAGAUUUCAGCUACACAAUAGCAUGGCCUUCCUCAGAAACCCUUGCGAGGGACCAAGCAAUGGUGAGGGCGCACAUCAAGACUGCAGAGGCCAAUCUGGUCAUUGAGGUCCCCUUUGCUCAACGAUCUUCAAAUUUCUUUAACAAUGUGAAGAAAUCAAUGACAGCUUGUCUUGAAAAGGUGAAGCAGGGUAUUGUCCCUCAGUUCUUCUGGAUGCAGCGCUACCAGCUCCAGAUCAAAGGAGCCAACGCCCAGCAACAACCAACCCCUGACCUCAACCUCUCCACGACCACGUCGACAGACCCCUUUGGGAUGUCCUCCUUCGCCCCUCUCUCUUCCCCCGUCUCCCCCCAAGCUGCUCCAGUGGCACCCUCCACCACCACCACCACCACCACCACCAACCCUACUGCCAGUACUAACCCAUUCAUGCCCCAUGCUAAAACCAUGCCCCUCCUCGAUGCAGGGGGCGUCAACCAACCCCCUCCUCCGUCCAUGAAUCGUGUGACCUCCGACCCCGUGCUGCACGGCUACGUCAACCUUCAAGCGCAGAGUGAGCUGGCGUCGGAGCAGAAUCUAUUAGACAGUACUGUUGGCACGGCCCCUACAAGUAAAAUGGUACAUCCCAAGGCCCCAGCGAUGUCUUCAACAUCAGAAGCAUGGAGGAUAUCACAAGACUUUGGUAAUAAUGCUGAUGGUUCUUCAUCUUCUUCAACCUCCUCAUCGUCAUCUUCAUCAUCAACAUCAUCGACAUCUAGUGUAGACAAAGUAGGUUUACCUGGAUCUGGGUUUGAGGAUCAUUUUGGGAGUCUGAUUUUAGACAGCAAUGGUCGGUUGCAUGCACAGGACGAUCACUUUGAAGAGGAAAAGAAAGGGAGUACCUUCUAUACCAACUUAGAUGGACACACCUUAGAGGCACCCAAGACAUCCCUAAUGGGUUCUCAACCUGAUAUAGAUACCUUGGGUUACGCGUCUGUCAAGCCUUUCAAACCGGCAGGCAUAAGAGAAGAGAUCUUGAAAAGACGAGAAGCAGAGUACACAUUUCCACAUGAUUUCAGGGUCUUUGUUGGGACAUGGAACGUGAACGGAAAGGGAGCGACGGAGGACUUGAGGCACUGGUUAGCAGCAGACCCCAAGCCUCCUGACAUGUAUGCCAUAGGUUUCCAGGAGUUAGAUCUCAGCAAGGAAGCUUUCCUCUUCAACGAUUCCAUCAGGGAGGAGGAGUGGCAUAAACGGGUCGUCAUGUGCCUUCAUCAAGAUGGCGUCUAUAUAAAGCUGAAGUUGAUCCGUUUAGUUGGUAUGAUGUUAUUAGUAUUCAUUCAAGAGAGACACUAUCCCUACAUCGAUGGGGUCAUAGCUGAAACGGUCGGUACAGGCAUCAUGGGGAAAAUGGGCAAUAAAGGGGCUGUGGCAGUGCGUUUCAGCUUCCACAACACAUCCUUCUGUUUCAUCAACUCUCAUCUGGCAGCCCACAUGGAGGAAUACGAGAGGCGUAACCAAGACUACCAUGAUAUCUGCGCCAGGUUGAAGUUUGAAAGGGAGAAUCAUCAGCCCCUUGGUGUAAUGCAACAUGAUGUUGUGAUAUGGAUGGGGGACCUGAACUACAGGAUCAAUGAUCUUGCCGUAGAUACAGUCAAAGCACUGAUAGACAACAACCACUUCAAAGAUCUACUCGUGCAGGAUCAGCUGAAUAGACAGAGGGAACUGUCUCGUGUUUUCAAGGGCUUUGAGGAAGCUACUAUAGGAUUCCGUCCAACCUACAAGUACAACUCUGGUAGUGAUGAAUGGGAUUCUAGUGAGAAGCAGCGUGUGCCAGCGUGGUGUGAUCGAAUCCUGCACCGCGGUGAUCGCAUCGUCCAGAAAGUUUACAGGAGUCAUAUGAAACUGAGACUGAGUGAUCACAAACCAGUCAGUGCUCUCUAUGACAUUGGGGUGAAGGUGGUGGAUGAGAAGAGGUUCCGUGAGGUCGUAGAGGAAGAAAUCAGAAAACUUGAUAGACAAGAGAACGAAGCAUUACCACAAGUUACGCUGGGUAGAAAUGAAUUGAAGCUAGGUGAGCUCCGCUUCAUGGAGGAAGUGGUUGAGAUGGUUGAAGUGGCAAACACCGGUCAGGUCAAUACCAUGGUGGAGUUUGUAGCCAAGCUGGACGACAAAUCACCUUGUAAACCAUGGCUCAAGGUAGAACCACAAUCAACGUUCAUGUUGCCAGGUGACAUGAUAGAGGUGAAGCUGACAGCAUUCAUUGAUAAGAACACUGCAGCAGCAUUCAAUGCAGGCAAAGACACUGUAGAAGAUAUUCUCAUUCUACAUCUAGAGAAUGGCAAAGACUACUAUAUCACAGUAACAGGUAGCUACAGACCAAGUAGCUUUGGAGCUUCAUUAGAAGGUUUAGUGAGGAUGCAUGAACCCAUACACGAGAUGACAACAAAGCAGGUGGUGGAUCUGGAAACCAAUCCAACUUCUACGCAGAAGACAUCAAGUGCAGAUUUCCAGAGUUAUGACAUUCCUAAAGAAAUUUGGAUGCUGGUUGAUUAUCUAUUCAGGAAUGGAAUUCACAAGGAGAACUUGUUUGGUCAAGAAGGUCUUCAUUCUGAAGUACUAGCCAUCAGAGACUUCCUUGAUACAGGCUUUCCAGAAGAGAUCCCUGGCAGUAUCCAUUCAGUAGCAGAGUCUCUUCUAGUGUUCCUGGCUAGUCUCAGGGAACCAGUCAUUCCGUACAAAUUCUAUCAGAAAUGCCUUGAUGGUGCCAACAACUUCACUUUGUGCAAGCAGAUCAUGAAACAACUACCAAGAUGUCACAGGAAUGUCUUCAAAUACCUGACAGCGUUAAUACGAGAGCUACUCAUGCACAGCGAUGACAACAGACUUGAUGCCAAAACAUUAGCAACCAUAUUUGGGGAGCUGUUCCUGCGCUGUCCACCAGAAGACAAAGAGAAGGAAGAUGCGUCCGUUAGGAACAGGACCACAAACAGACAACAGAUUACUCGCAAGAAAGCUACCUUCGUCUACCAGUUCAUCAUCAAUGAAUACGAUGAUUGAAGGCGUCUUCAUCAUCAUCAUCAUCAUCGUCCGACCAAUCUACUCGCAAGAAAGCAACCUUCGUCUACCAGUUCAUCAUCAAUGAAUACGAUGAUUGAAGGCAUCUUCAUCAUCCACAUCAUCAUCGUCUGACCAAUAUACUCGAAAGAAAGUAACCUUCGUCUACCAGUUCAUCAACAAUGAAUACGAUGAUUGAGGGCAUCUUCAUCAUCCUCAUCAUCGUCCGACCAAUCUACUCGCAAGAAAGCAACCUUCGUCUACCAGUUCAUCAUCAAUGAAUACGAUGAUUGAAGGCGUCUUCAUCAUCCUCAUCAUCAUUGUCUGACCAAUACACUCGCAAGAAAGCAACCUUCGUCUGCCAGUUCAUCAUCAAUGAAUACGAUGAUUGAAGGCAUCUUCAUCAUCAUCAUCAUCGUCCGACCAAUCUACUCGCAAGGAAGCAACCUUCGUCUACCAGUUCAUCAUCAAUGAAUACGAUGAUCGAAGGCGUCUUCAUCAUCCUCAUCGUCCGACCAAUAUACUCGCAAGAAAGCAACCUUCGUCUACCAGUUCAUCAUCAAUGAAUACGAUGAUUGAAGGCAUCUUCAUCAUCCUCAUCAUCAUCGUCCGACCAAUCUACUCGCAAGAAAGCAACCUUCGUCUACCAGUUCAUCAUCAAUGAAUACGAUGAUUGAAGGCGUCUUCAUCAUCCUCAUCAUCAUUGUCCGACCAAUAUACUCGCAAGAAAGCAACCUUCGUCUGCCAGUUCAUCAUCAAUGAAUACGAUGAUUGAAGGCAUCUUCAUCAUCAUCUUCAUUGUCGUCCGACCAAUCUCGAUGCUAUUUCAACCAGAGUGAUUCUUAUCAACCCUUUCCUGUCAUCCAAGGUUCAGCAGUUGUCCAAAAUAACAGUGAAAAAACAUGUAACUCAUAGCACAUUUUUUAUGGCAAACUUAUGAAUGCAUGAUUGUUGCUGAAGAAUAAACAUCAUGCAUUGAAAGAUAGUUUUCAUGAACAGGUGGCCGUUAUGAACAGCUUUUUGUAAUACCUGUGUAAAUGGGGUAAACUUUUCAAAGGACACCAAACCUACAUGUAGUUUGACCGCGUUCUAGACCGAUUUCUGCACGGAGAAUUGUGAAGCAUUGUGAUUCCAAGAAAGGGUCAUUGAGAAUAUCUGUUGGGAUUUGCCACUCACGGCACGGUUGGUGUUGAUAUUUGACCGAGAUGAUGCUCUAUCAAUCGCUCUGACCUAGGUUAACCCAUCAACUACUGGAACCGGUUGGUCCCUAUGGUAAUUGCCGUGUUCAGUAGGUGGCAGGUUAAGGGUUUAAAAUUUUGUGUAAGUUAAGUAUUCAGUUAACAUGAGGAAAUCAGCCACUGCAUUAUGUGAAUGAAAUAUAACAUAUAACCAUUUAAUAAUAUUAACGCUGAUAUUAGCUUGUAGGUUUUGGGCAUUGUUGGUAUUAGUCGAUUCCAUCAAUUUGUUUUUGUUAUUUUACCAAGAUAUCAAUGAAAUAAUUCAUUCUUCACCAAUAUGGCAUAGAAGACAAUUUUCAAAUGAUGUAUUUGUAUUAAAGGCUCUCUAUCUUUAUGGGAAAUGGUAAAUGUUGUUGAUUUUUACCUCAUUGCUAGAAAACAUGAAUGCUUGUAAGAAAGCAACCAGAGGACCGACGGCUUUAGGUCCUCUCCGAGGAGUGGAUUCCCGAAAUUGUGAAGAGAACUGGAAAUAACUAUGAUGCUACAUUGAUAGAGCACAGCUGACAAGCCAUCCUAUUAUAGACAUUUAUUCUGACUUAAUCAGUUUUAGGCAUUAUCAGCCAGGGAAAGGGAGAAUAUGACUUUAAUGUGUGAGGCAGUGUGUGGAAUAUAUAAUGCAUAACCUCGCACUUUUUUGUCAUAAAAAUCUCUAAUAUUUUUUUUCACUUUGUGUGAUUUGACAGCAUCUCGAUAAGCACCAAUGGUAUCAAAUCCCUGGUGAGAUGACUUGAAGGUUAAUUGAAUUAAUAGGUGUGUACUGUUUAAAUGUGCAAUGUGGAUAAUUGUGUGCUUUUGACAAAGCAAUCUAGCCACAUCUUUGAAGAAAAAACUACUUAUAUUUAUACAAAAUCUAACAAAGGUAUGCAUUGUGAAUUUCUCCAAAAAAAGAAUGAUCUACUUAUAUCUUAAUAUUAAAUCAUUCAGUAAGCAUUAAUCGUAACAGUAUAUGUGUUUUCUAUUUUGAUAUUCGAUCAAUCACAAAACCUGCUUCAACCUGAAAAUAAAUGCUGUUGAAUUUUCAAAUUCAAUCAGUUUCGGAUUUAGUCUGAUAAGAAACAAUCCUUUGGAGGGGAUAAACAUUAUGCACAAAUAAUUGUGCCCUCAAAAUGGAAUUGUAUCUUACAUAGACCUGUCACUGUCAAGUAUGUUGUUCAAGUUCAGUAGUUGUGUUCUACAAAUCCAACACAAGAUUCCAGCACUGAACUUAAAAUGGGUGUUGAAAUAAAGUGCCAGUGUGCAAUCCAGUUUAGGUGUUCCAGCUGGUAUUUGGUGUACCCCUAAAAUAAAAUGCACGAUGGCUUAGUUUGAAAACUAGCUCUAGACACAUUUGUGAAUUUUUCAAACAGAAUAUAUCUGAUUAUUCAGUACUAUCAAGAUUAAAGUUUAUUUUUAGUGUAAAUCAGAUAGAUUACUACUAGAUAUGCUAUAUAUAUGUAUAAAUAUUGAAUAUUUAUUUGCAAGCAGAAGGCGUAGCAAACAUUUUUAUUACAUUGAUUGAUUGCAGGGAUGUAAUAUGCGAGAGAAUUUGGACCAAAUGAAUUUGACCAGUUUCUCAUAUUGUAGAAUGCACCUGGUUAAUAAAGGAAGAGACUUGAUUUAUUAUCAUAGCAUGUAGCCCUUAAAAAAAGAGUAAAGAAAGAAAACAGUGUUUCAGAGACACCCUAAAAGAACAUUAUUUUCAAACAUUAAUUGGAGUAAAUUAAAACCCAUAAUAAAUCAAAUAUAUAUAUGAAAAAACAAGAAAUACUGUCUUGGUGAAGCACAGCAAAUUCACUGUUCUGUCUCCACAGACACGGUUUAACCUCUGCUUCAGGCAUUACAGAGCUUGAGAUUUCACAACCUAACCCAUGACAUGGCAUUUAUCUCCCACAACGCUGCAUUAUCCUUUAGAGUUUCUACAUUGCGAUGUGAUUUGAUAGAUCCUUUAUUGUAAAGCAGGACCAUCAAAUUGGUACAGCACAAUUUUGUGCCUUGGGUACUCUGCAGAGUGGAUUAGGCGCAUUACAAAUCCCAUCUAUUAUUAUAAUAUUUAUAAUAAGAGAACAGGUGGGGAAUUGGUCAAGGGGCCGGGGAGCGUUUUUUAAAGUGGGAAUGGGGCUGAACAAGCAAAAAAAAUCAAUACCAAUAUCAUAUGCUAUUUAUACAUGUUUGUACAUGGCUUUGAAAAAGAAGUUACCUGAAACAAGUCCCUACUUUAUCAUUUGCAUUUUUCAUUAUUCCAAAUUUUAUGUUUGCAUUUGAAAGAAAGGCCAAGUCAACCCCAGUGAGUUGCUUUGAAUAAAUAGAGGAAAAUCAAAUAAGCAUACAUGUAGCACUGAAAAUUUCAUCAAAAUCGGAGGUAAAUUAAUAAAGUUUUGCUUAUUAUCCCCCUCAUAUGCAUAACACAAGUACAGGUAUGCAAAUGAAGAAACAGAUUUUUUGUCUUUUCAUUAUUAAAGCAAGUAUGAAAUAUUUUGAUUCUUCCUUCUAUAAUAUGAAAUGUGAAAUUACAAUUUAAUAACGUUGAUUCAGUCAAGAUAUUCAUUUAUUAAUGAAAUCAAUUUGGAAUGUUUGAUAGAGGCCUUUUUAAAAUAAUGAGAUCAAUAAUUAGUAUUCGACGCCAACUCUUUCAUUUGUGUAUUACCUGGUUUGCGCAUAUACAUUUACAUGUAUGUAACUGUUAUUUGAAAAAUAAACUGCAAAAGCAAUCAUAGUUUGAGAGCAUUGCAAACUUUCAUAUGAACUAGAAACCAAAGCAAAUUAUAUCAAGAAUGUCCCACACAAAGUACGUACAGGAAUUGACGAGGUGAUGACCAUUAAAAGAAAAUAAAAACUUUGGAACAAGAUAGCUUGUUUG